GACGCGGAACCUUUGAUCACAGCCGGUGUUUUCGGGCAGCGCGCUUGCUGACGGAUUUUAUCUCAGUUUCCGGGGGACCGUGUUUCCGUGAGCACGAGCUGACGGAGUUUUUCUGUGUUCGAUGUUUCGGGGUCGUUCUUUUUAUUUUAUUAGUAGCAAAUAAAUAUCGCCACAUAAACGUCUAAAUAAAAGGGAAUAUUGUUAAUCGGGAUCCGGAGCGGCGUUGGAGAUACAUGUUUACGUGUGUCGUUCUUUCUGGAUGAUGGUUUCUUUCCUGUCUGUCACUGUUCCCUGAGGGUCGCCCCUCCUCGUCCUCUCUCACUGCUUGACCCUAUGGAGGAGUAGCUCUUGAGUGACAGGCACGAGAACCAAUCAAACGUCAGGAGGAGCAUCAGACGCGCAGCCGAGAGGAUGUCGUCAUCUAACCGGACCCAGACCCCUCACGGUCUGAAGCAGAUCGGGCUGGACCAGAUCUGGGAUGAUCUGCGGGCGGGGAUCCAGCAGGUGUACACCCGCCAGAGCAUGGCCAAGUCACGCUACAUGGAGCUCUACACUCACGUGUAUAAUUAUUGUACUAGUGUGCAUCAGUCGAAUCAGGCCCGCGGUGCAGGUGCCCCCCCGUCCAAACCUUCGAAGAAAACCCCCACACCUGGAGGAGCUCAGUUUGUGGGGCUGGAACUCUACAAGAGAUUGAAGGAAUUUCUGAAGAGCUACCUUACAAACUUACUAAAGGAUGGAGAGGAUCUGAUGGACGAGAGCGUUCUGAAGUUCUACACACAGCAGUGGGAGGAUUACAGGUUCUCCAGUAAAGUGCUCAAUGGGAUCUGUGCUUACCUCAACCGCCACUGGGUGCGCCGCGAGUGUGACGAGGGCCGGAAAGGGAUCUAUGAAAUCUACUCUCUUGCUCUGGUGACGUGGAGGGAGUGUUUGUUUCGGCCUCUGAAUAAGCAGGUCACAAAUGCAGUAUUGAAGCUGAUCGAGAAGGAGAGGAACGGAGAAACCAUCAACACUCGACUCAUCAGUGGAGUGGUCCAGUCCUAUGUUGAGUUGGGUCUCAAUGAGGAUGAUGCCUUUGCUAAAGGUCCCACUCUGUCCGUCUACAAGGAAUACUUUGAGACUCAGUUCCUGGCAGACACCGAACGGUUUUACACGAGGGAAAGCACAGAGUUCCUGCAACAGAAUCCUGUUACUGAGUACAUGAAGAAGGCUGAGGCGCGUUUGCUGGAGGAGCAGAGGAGAGUGCAGGUUUACCUUCAUGAGAGCACACAGGAUGAGCUGGCCAGGAAAUGUGAGCAGGUUCUCAUCGAGAAGCACCUGGAGAUCUUCCACACCGAGUUCCAGAACCUUCUGGACGCAGACAAGAAUGAAGAUCUUGGUCGCAUGUACAAUCUUGUGUCACGGAUCACCGAUGGAUUGGGAGAACUAAAGAAACUUCUGGAAACGCACAUUUAUAAUCAAGGCUUGGCAGCCAUCGAGAAAUGUGGGGAGUCUGCUCUCAAUGACCCCAAAAUGUACGUCCAGACAAUUCUGGAUGUCCACAAGAAGUACAAUGCCCUGGUGAUGUCGGCAUUCAACAAUGAUGCUGGUUUUGUGGCUGCUCUUGACAAGGCUUGUGGGCGCUUCAUCAAUAAUAACGCUGUUACAAAGAUGGUUCAGUCCUCCAGCAAAUCUCCUGAACUGCUGGCCAGAUACUGCGACUCUCUGCUCAAGAAGAGCUCCAAAAACCCAGAGGAGGCAGAACUUGAAGACACUCUGAAUCAAGUGAUGGUGGUGUUUAAGUAUAUUGAGGACAAGGACGUGUUCCAGAAGUUCUAUGCAAAGAUGCUGGCCAAGCGUCUGGUCCAUCAGAACAGUGCCAGCGACGACGCAGAGGCUAGCAUGAUCUCCAAACUAAAGCAAGCGUGUGGCUUUGAAUACACAUCGAAACUCCAGCGCAUGUUCCAGGACAUUGGCGUCAGUAAAGACCUCAACGAACAGUUCAAGAAGCACCUCACAAACUCUGAGCCUUUAGACCUGGACUUCAGCAUCCAGGUGUUGAGCUCGGGGUCAUGGCCCUUCCAGCAGUCCUGCACAUUUGCUCUGCCAUCUGAGUUGGAGAGGAGCUACCAAAGGUUCACAGCCUUCUAUGCCAGCAGACACAGCGGCCGAAAGCUCACCUGGCUGUACCAUCUGUCCAAAGGAGAACUGGUCACCAACUGCUUCAAAAACCGCUACACCUUACAGGCAUCUACAUUUCAGAUGGCCAUUCUACUGCAGUAUAACACAGAAGACGUUUAUACAGUCCAGCAGCUGACGGACAGCACACAGAUCAAAAUAGACAUUUUGGUGCAGGUUUUGCAAAUUUUAUUGAAAUCCAAGUUGCUGUUUCUAGAGGACGAGAACGCAAACGUGGAUGAAGUGGAAUUUAAACCCGACACCCUCAUAAAGCUCUUCCUGGGCUAUAAAAAUAAAAAACUAAGAGUGAACAUUAACGUGCCAAUGAAGACAGAGCAGAAACAGGAACAGGAAACGACCCAUAAAAACAUUGAAGAGGACAGGAAACUCCUGAUUCAGGCGGCCAUAGUGAGAAUCAUGAAGAUGAGGAAGGUUCUGAAGCAUCAGCAGCUUCUGGCCGAGGUUCUGAAUCAGCUCUCAUCCCGGUUCAAACCCAGAGUCCCUGUAAUCAAGAAGUGCAUUGACAUCCUCAUAGAGAAGGAAUAUCUGGAGCGGGUGGAUGGAGAGAAGGACACCUACAGCUACUUGGCCUAAACAUUUCUCCGCUCCGUCUUUACUGUCUGUCUGUCUCUCUCUCACUCUCACUUUUUUUUUUUUUUAAGUUGUCUCUCGGGUAAUAAAUAUCAUUCCUCUUGAUGUUCGGCCUGUGUUGAGUUUAAAAAGCAGAAGGACUAACAGAAGAGGGAGAGCGUGUGCGCGUCAGUGAAUGUAUUUGUGCGAGCGACGGACUUUACUGCUGCCCUGCAUUAUGGACAGACUGCAUUGGAAAUGUACAUACAAACGGAGACCUCGAGCUUUAAUCUCGCAAAAUAAAACAUUGCCGAUUUUAAAAACCCAAUCAGAAAUAAACCCUACACAUUAAGCAUGUUAUUGCCUAUCAGCAUUUAAAUGAAGAAAAAAAGAACAAAGAUGCAUUGAAAUCUUAGCAAUGAGGGGCUUCAGAGAUGUUUUAAGAGAAGAAAGGAAAUCAUUUAGGAAAAAGGUGCAAUUUUAGCUGCACGUCCCAGGAACGAACGAGUUGGACAGGUCUGUAGACGUGUUGUCUGCAUUGUUACCUGCUACUGGAAAACCAUUUGUAUAGUGUGCUUCACUUUUUUUAAAUGUGUGUUAAAUAAAAGAAUUAAAGGUUUCUGUAUGUAUUUCUGAUGCUGUGGAGUCACUACAUGAAGCAAAGAGCCUUAAGACAAUGUUAUGAUUAUUCAAAUAUAAUCAUGCAUGUUUAGGACAUCUCUGUUAGCCACUUUUCAUGAACAGGGUACAAAAUACAGCCUGAAACUUCAAAUGGUCGUUGAUAUGUCGAGCUCCAUCCUCAUGAGG